AUGCUGCAAGGAGUAACUGGCACUCAUCUUCUGUGGAACUGUGCGAUUCUGAUGUUCCAUAGCAUCGAUUCAAAUUUUGCAUCACCAACUCAGCGUGUUUUAGAAAAAAGUGAAGUGACACCCAGCGAACUUAAAGCAAAACUGAAAGAUACAUCAGAAGCUCUUGUAAACUUCUUCAUUCCAGUAACAUGCCGUCACAAAGACAAGCAAGCCUUAAUCCCUUGUCGCGUAGGAGAGAGCAUUAACAGAACAGAAUGCUUGGAAAAUAAGUGUUGUCCUUCCAAAACCAGCCAUGAACUGAAAUGUUAUACCCCAUUGAAAGACAAUCUGCAGCUGACAUUUCGAUUGUUUGUGCUUGGAGCAGGAGGAUUAUUUAUUUUGGGGUGUCUACCAUUUUGUUGCUGUGCCUGUUUGCAGAGGAGUCAAUGCUUCAAUCCUUUACGAAGUGCAAAUAAAGAAGUAGAACGAAUCGUGCAGAAGAAAAGAGCACAGAGUGAAAAUAACCAUGGCUUUUUAUCGAAUUUACUUAAGAAAACCUUCAAGGAUCGUAAGAGCAAGAAAAAAGAGGGACAUCCAGCUAAUCUCGAAGACCUCAAGCAGAACCAGGACACAAGGCUUACUUAA